GCUAGUCAAACAGUCAAACACAAAUCCGAUUACUCUCAACGUUUCUAUUCGUCAAAUGCCAAUUGAAUUGAAAACUUGAUUUCAUUUUCAUAUCGGUUCUUCAGUGCAGUAUGUAAUGUUUAUGUUCGUAAGAUAAUAAUUCAGUACCUAUCGUUUUUAGGUACUAUCUGGUCUUCGUGUUUCGCUUUCUCGUAUACCCAUUUAGGCACUUAUCGUAAUUGGUACGUUUGAAAAUCGAGUUAUCCACAGCGAAGAUGUGCGAUUCGUCGAAUAAUUAUUUGAACUACAUGCUACCUCCGACUACCAGUAUCGUAUCGAGUUCAACUGGUGUGUUUCCUUCGAUCAACGAUUUCGCCGGAGAUUUGAAUUUCGAAAUUAUCCUAAAUCCGAACGAGACAAUCAAGAAGAAGUGGCUGUUUUCAGAAAAGUUGAAAAAAGUCUUCAUCGAUAUAAACAAAAACAUCGGUAUACGGUUUCGAUGGAAUAAUAUGAAUAUGCACGAUGUGAAGUUCAUUCGAGCUCUUCCUGUUUAUACUCAAGACGAUUGGCUUCGUAUUCCGGUGGAAAGAUGCCCUAUGCAUAAAUGCUACGAAGAUAAUCUCAAUAUAGAUUUUCCUUGGGUUAAUCACGUAUUGAGAUGUGAUAACGAAGGAACCCAGUACGAGAUUGAUUUAGAAAGCAAAAGACGCAGUUGUAUUACACCUGUUACUAUGAGCGACUACAAGGAUAUCGUCGUGCUGUACUUCAAAUUCGUCUGCAAAACCUCUUGUUAUAGAGGCAUGCAAAGAAGACCGAUUGUUGUGAUUUUUACAUUAGAAGACGGAGUAGGCAAUGUGCUUGGAAGGAGAUGCCUAUCGUUCAAAGUAUGCAGCUGCUUGAAAAGAGAUCUGCAUAGAGAAGAGUUCGGUAAACGUAAAACGAAAAACAGCAAGUCAGCGGUCGCUGUAUCGCAUUCGCAGAGUGCAAACAACACGUUAGCGUUACCUGAAAGAGUUACCCACGGAGGUAAUCGGUUUGGUCGUCAUUCUUUGAAACUGACUAGAUUAAAUCCAGCUCAGUUGGAAUACGCUUUGAAACUCGUUCAUAACACGCUUCUCGGUGAAUCUGUACGAAACAGUUAUGAAGUAAAUCACUCGAUCAUCGCUCAGAUUGAAAAGUACCUGAAUAGAUUACGAAACUCUCAGCAUCAUCUUCAAUGAAUAGUUUAAAUCUAAAAAAUGCUUUAGGUUUUAGUAAACUAUGUACGAAAUUGUUUACUAUUUCGAUAGGUGUAAUUAUUAGGUAUCGUAUAUAUUUCGAAAUAAUUACGAUAUUCCAGUGUUGUACGUAUUAUUCGAUAUUUACCAAAGUUAUAAACUCGUAUCAUCGAAUUAAUAAUUUAAUCAGAAGAUGUUUGCCAUAUUUUUAUUUAUUUUCAGUACCUAUGAUUUACUUACACUGUUCAUUAUUAUCGUUCAUUUCACCUUGUUGGUUUGUCUCUUAUGCAUGUAUUUGGUACGUAGAUAUAUUAGGUACCAUGUAGGUAUGUUUUUAUUUUUAAUUCGAUCAAGCUUUUUUGUUUUAUUUUUCAAGUUAUGUACAUUAUUUGUUACUUUGUUUAUUAAAAGCGUUUUUGUUUAAUGAA